CAGCACCAGGUAACGAAUGCGACACGUGACGCUUGUGCCGAGAGACAUGGGCGUACAGCGUCUGCUGAAGAUGAGGAUGGCGUCCCACUCGUGCUCCCGCCCCGCCGUGGCGCCCUCCGCGCGUCCGCUCUCCUCCCUCCUCCUCGUCCCCUCGCUGGCCGCCGCGCGCCCUGGGCCAGGUCCGCUCUCGUGCGCAGCGCCGCCGUGCCGGGACCACGCCGCGCCCGCUCGCCCGCACGGCGCGGCAGGGCGGCGGUUCCCGGGCGUGGCGGCGUUGUCGUCGUCGACGCCGCCGCCGGGUCCCGUGCAGAAGUCGGAGGAGGAGUGGGAGGCCAUCCUCACGCCAGAGCAGUUCCGCAUCCUCCGCCUCAAGGGCACCGAGUACCCUGGAACGGGUGAAUAUGACAAGUUCUUUGGCGAGGGCAUUUAUGAAUGCGCUGGGUGUGGAACUCCCUUAUACAAAUCAUCUACAAAGUUCAACUCAGGGUGUGGCUGGCCAGCAUUCUUUGAGGGAUUUCCUGGGGCCAUAAGACGGACGACGGACCCUGAUGGGAGGCGGACAGAGAUCACAUGUGCUACUUGUGGAGGACAUUUGGGACAUGUAUUCAAAGGGGAGGGGUUUAACACGCCGACAGACGAGCGACAUUGUGUUAACAGCAUUUCGCUCAAGUUCAUUCCAGCUUCCGAGGAAGCCUGACGAUAGAUGAACACCAAGAUGAAAGCCCACAACAAAAUACGCUUGGCCUCUGUUGGCUGCUCUCCCGACGGUCGAAGCUGUAUUCUUCUGAUAAAUUUUUAACACAUCUGUAAUGUUUUAUGGAUGAGUCAAUAAAUCUACAGUGAAUGAUUACAUGUGCAAUUCCACCCCUACCGUUUUACCUGGGAA